AAAUCGGAGGUCAACUGCAACUGGAUCUUUUACCGACCCCUCACCAUUGAUUUUAACUAAAUGAAAUUCAGUGUUAUACUUCCAAGGCGGGGGUUGUCAACGUGAACGCCGAGAAGCACCACAUGAUCUAGCGCCCGGGCGGUCCGAAUCUCUAGCAGCCCCUUGAAGGAGGCUCUUGCGGCCGCUCUAGGCCUCCCGGCGGACUCGAAUCUCUCCCGCUGUGUCUGCGCGCCUGCGCAGUGGCUCACCUCAAGCAUCCGCAGAGAAAGACUCUGCGCAGGCGCAAGCGUGUGUCAGGGAAGCCGCUCGGGUCCCGCCCCCUGCUCUGACCGGGCGCUGACUGCAGAUUUGCAGAGGAGCCUCUUAAGACACAGAUGGUGUCUGAAUUAAAAUGGAACAGUCAGCGGUCCACCUGUGGGUGAGAACAGAACCGUUUAUAGUGGGCACUCUGCCUCUACCUCCUCCAGCCAAAUUCAGCCUUCACUAUCUCAGAAAGAUAUCCACUUAUGUUCGAACCCGCGCCAGGGAAGGAGGUUACCCACGCCUCUUCUGGCCUGUGUGGAGACAUAUUGCCUGCGGGAAGCUGCAGUUGGCCAAGGAUAUUGCAUGGCUUUACUUUGAGAUCUUUGAUAGCCUGGUGGCAAGAACCCCAGAGGAACGUCUGGAGUGGGCAGAGUUGGUAUCGAGCUGCACGUGUGAGGAGGAUGUGGAGAAACAGAGGAGUAAGCUUUCAGUAGAUACCCUCCAGUUCCUGCUAUUUUUAUAUAUACAGCAGUUAAACAAGGUCUCCCUAAGAACAUCUUUGAUUGGAGAAGAGUGGCCAAGUCCCAGAAACAGAUCUCCAUCCCCUGACUUGACUGGAAAAUCCAUCUGUCAUAAUAAGACCUGGAAUGAUUACAGCCACCAAGCCUUUGUCUAUAAUCACCUGUCCUAUCUACUGGAGCUUCUUUUGGACCCAGAGCAGCUCACUGAUUCCUCCCACUCCACCCAUAAAAGCUUGGUCUCUCCCGAAGCUGUCCAGGCCCUCAGCUUUCUCAUUGAAGGCACAGUCAGCAAAGCCAGGAAGGUCUAUCCGCUCCAUGAGCUUGCGUUGUGGCAGCCUCUGCAUUCAGAGAGCGGCUUCUCAAAGAUUUCCAAAACCUUCUCCUUCCCGAAGCUGGAAGCCUGGCUCAGAUGCUGUUUGACUGCCAACCCCUUUGGCACAUCUGCUUGCCUCAAGACCGGAAAGAAGUUGGCUUGGGCCCAGCAAGUUGAAGGAACUACCAAGAGAGCCAAGAUUGCUUGCAAUACGCACGUGGCCCCCAAGAUUCACCGCAUUGUGGUGAUGACCCAGGUGUACAAGCAGACAUUGGCCAAGAGCUCUGAGACCUUAGUUGGUGCCCACGUGAAGAUUCACCGAUGCAACGAGUCUUUCAUAUACCUGCUGUCACCUUUACGGUCUGUGACAGUCGAGAAGUGCAGGAGCAGCACUCUUGUCCUGGGACCCAUACAAACAGCGCUCCACCUCCACAGCUGUGACAACGUGAAGGUCAUUGCUGUUUGCCAUCGUUUAUCGAUCUCUUCCACCACAGGCUGCACCUUUCACAUUUUGACACCUACACGCCCUCUUCUCCUCUCUGGAAACCAGAUGGUGACAUUUGCACCUUUCCACACUCAUUACCCAAUGCUUGAAGACCACAUGGCCAGGACCGGACUGGCCACAGUGCCCAACUACUGGGACAAGCCAAUGAUUGUGUGCAGGGAGAAUAAUGAUGCAAGGGUCUUCCGGCUCUUGCCCCCCUGUGAGUUCUAUGUGUUUGUGAUCCCAUUUGAGAUGGAAGGGGACACCACAGAUAUUCCAGGGGGUCUCCCCCCAGCCUAUCAGAAGGCCCUGGGCCAGCGAGAACAAAAGAUACAGAUCUGGCAGAAGACGGUGAAGGAGGCAGGCUUGACAAAGGAUCAAAGGAAGCAGUUCCAGGUGCUGGUUGAGAACAAGUUUUAUGAAUGGUUGAUUAACACAGGACAGAGCCAGCAGCUUGACAGUCUUGUGCCUCCCGCAGCAGGUUCCAAACAGGCCGCAGGAUAAGACGUCAGACAAAGCCAUGGUGUCAAGAGAGGGAUGUCUGAUGUCAAUGGACAAGGCAGCGCAGGAGAAUGGAGGAUCCCAGCAGGAAAAAGACUUGCACGUGAGCCCUGCCUCUUUCUCCACACACCUCAGAAUAAAAUUUAUCGCGAAUUUUAACACAGAAAACCAAUUGUAAUGAUUCUGGCACGUUCCUGUCCUUUCUAAGGAAAUGUGUGUGAUCUGUUCUGUUACUAGCAGGGUGCAGGAGACAUGACAACAUAUUGAAGAAUUUUAGUACCUCAAGGCUAAGUUAAAGGAAUUAUCGGGGCAGCUGUUAGCACUGGAAUCCAUUGGGUUUAUCCUAUGGGAGACUUUGGCUUGAUUUAGUCCCUUACUCUCUUCUUAUAGAAUUAAAGGAAUUGGAGACAAAAUCUGCCAUAUAAACAAGGGGUCUCACAAACCAAAGAAUGCCAGUUUUUAUAAUUUUGAAGAUGGAAAAGUUGGUGACAACAGUACCAUGUUAUUAUUUUUAUACUGAAGUGUCAGGCUAUUGGGUUAGAAAUGAACAGCCUUUAUCUGGAAGCAAAUAGAUGCUGCCCCUUGUAGAGCUAAAGAAAGAUAUUUUUAUAUGUCUACUGAAAUUUGGUAUGCCUUUAAAACUUUUUUGAUGGAAAUAUGCAUAUAUAUAUAUAUAUAUAUAUACAUAUAGCUAUAGAUAAUGUUGUUAUUUCUUGGUGUACAAAAGUCAGAAGAAAUAUUUUUGUAUAGAGAUUGUUCUAGCCUUUCAUCUGUGAAACAAUGAAAUUUAAAAAAAAUAAUGUUUAUUACUUAUCUGUUGGAAAUUGUAAUUGGUAAUUUUGCUUCCUUGUAAGAAUAUAGAGCUUCUACCUUUAUGCUUGAGAUUUUCAAGUAGAGCUAUUCUGUGAUGU